AUGGCGACGAUACCGGAGGUUCGUAAUCCGUCUCUGUCUGGUGAGAAUCGACCACCGGCGGCGACUUUGCAAGAUCCUAAUUCCAAUCCUCUCUACGUUCAUAAUGCCGAUCACGCUGGUAUCUCCCUCGUCUCUGAGAAACUAGCUGGAUUAGGUAACUUCAACACUUGGCGUAGAUCGAUGCUCAUGGCUUUAGGUGCUAGGAAUAAAGCGGUCUUUGUUAAUGGAACCUAUCGGGAAUUAGCUGAGGAUCAUCCUGAUUAUCAAUCGUGGUCUCGUUGCAACAAUAUUGUAUGUACUUGGAUUGUUAAUGCUGUGGAGAAGAAGAUUGCAAAGAGUAUCAUGUAUUUGGAUACAGCUCGCCAGAUGUGGUUAGAUAUACAUGAUCAGUUCAAGCAAAGUGAUGGACCACGGACUGCAGAGAUAAAGCAACAAAUUUUCGCUGAAGUACAAGGUUCUCAGAGCAUCAGUGACUACUAUACGAAGUUGAAGCAGCUCUGGGAAGAGUUGAAGAAUCAUGAGAGCCCUUAUACUUGUUGUUGUGGUCGUCCUGACUGUGUUAGUCUUAAAAGGAUAGUUGAUAGAGAAGAACAAGAUCACAUUUUGAAGUUCUUGACUGGUCUCAACGAUACGUUUACUACUACCAGAGGCCAGAUAUUGAUGAUGGAGCCACGACCAAACAUCUCAAAGGUCUUCAAUCUAGUUUCUCAGGAGGAAAGAUAA